UGGCUUACGAAAUGGCGAGUGAGCUGAAAAGAAAUGGUGAAACUGUUGCAAUGGUGUUCAUGGUGGAUACGUUCGCAUGGCACCCUAAAGCCCUAACAAACGGUAAAGAAUUGAUGCGAAAGACCACCGAGUUAACCUUAAAGUCAACGGAAAAAUAUGUGACAAGACGACUGCUCGAAAAAAUUGCUUUCGUCGAAAUGGGUAAGAGUAAACAUGACGUCAAUGAUUAUUACGAGGAAUUGCAACAUCAGGAAAAGGUUAUUGAUGUUUUGGAGGAUGAAGCUGCUGAAAAGAAUAUUGUGCUUCGUUUGAAAGAAAGAAUUGAGACAACUAAGUACGAAGUCAGAUCUGCUGCUGAAGCUCAUUUAGAUUGGCAGCCUUCUAAGGUAUCCUAUGACGGGGUAUUGACAUUCGUUUGCUGUGACGAAACUAAGUCAUUCUCUCUUAGCAAGCCAGAGAUAUGGAAAACGUUAGUUGAGAGAAUGGAUUUCCUUUACGCCCCUGGAAGUCAUCUAAAAGUACGAGAUGGAGCUAGUGGAGAAACGUGUGGAUCCAUGAUAAUGACAACAGCAGCAAUGAGCUACCUUUCCAAAUCUCUACACCACAAUUUCCAGGCUGUAAGAACAAGGCGUGAAGAGAAAUUGGUGGAAUUUCUAAAGCAAGGAAUUGUUAUCUGGAUGCUUUCAAGUUUCUCAAAAUGGGUGAAAGGCACUCUCCAGUUAGAUUCCGAAGAAACAGUGUUUAAUUUUGAAUAUAAAUCCUUAGGAUUGUUUACAGUACGAAAAUUUUUUAUCAAAGAUUUGACAAACAUCAUGCCUGGUAGGCAUGUUGAUGAAAUCCGUAAACGCCAUGGCAACAAUCCUUUCAUUGAUUUCCUCACUUGUAUGUUGACCAAAAACGGCGGGCUUUGGACGUUUCAUUCUUUGGAUUUUCAGCGGCUCAAAUUGCUGGUCGAUGCUUUAGAAGCUCUUUUUGGAAUACCGUUCGUGCAGUGACGGGAACCACAACGGACAACGGUCAAUCAUUAUAAUUUGAUAGAUGAAGUUAAUAAGAAGUGUAUUGUUUACC